UGUUACAUUGUUUCACCAAAUGGAGCCAGAGUUUGCAAUUUCAUCGAACGUUUUUAGAAUGUUACAAUAUUCGUAGGCAUAAAUGGCAAAAUCGAUUUGCAGCGUUUACACACGCAUAAACUCGUUCUGCGCACAUUCCGUAUUGUCUGUCAUUCAACGUCUACGUCGAUGCUGUUUGAGAAUACGACUUGCAGGAUUAACUGUGCGUCUGUGUAGGUUUUUUGUGGGUCAUGGGGGAAAGAGCAGGACGUAAAUAAAGAGACACGCGUUAAUAAACACGGGUAAAGAUUUACUUUCGCAUUCAGUAGCUUCGCUGGGUUCUUGAAUUGUCAGCUAUUUAUUAUCUUGUAAGCAGACAAUUAGGAGAAGAGGAUAGUAAGGAAGGUCUACAGUCAGUAGUAGUAGUAGGUGGUGGGCCCUAAUCGUACAGCAUCUGUUUGGGUCAGCGGAAAGAAAUCCUUAAAUCUAAACCCUAGUAUAGCUACUGGACCACCUGUGGACUGGGUACAGUGUUGUCUCCCCUUAUUUUCGCUCUAAGGUGGUCUGAUUGGAUACACCGCUGCCCGGUGUUGCCAUGGCGAUGCAGGAGCUGGUGGAAGGGGAGUGCGGGGGAGCCAAUCCCCUCAUGAAGUUGACGGGUCACAUGACCCAGGAGGGAGGUGCUUGGAGGCACAGGUCAACGCCAACUAUUCCCCCUACACCCAUUGAAAUUGCAACAGAAGAAGAGUUGGUGAAUGAGUUCAUGCAGCAGGCGCCUCCACGGCCCCCUCACAGCUUUGACAUGGGCCAGUUACUGGAGGAAAUGCAGCAGAUCGAUCAGCAGAGCUACAGACAGGCUCCACAGAGAGCUCCGGGUGUGGCCGCGUUGGCCCUGUCUGGUGAUUGGACGUCUGAGUUUCUGUCGGGAGCGGAUGCCGCCACCGCCUCGUCAGGGCAGGCGGGACUUGGAGACCCGGCUGAUGCUGAUUGGACCAGAGAGUUCAUCAUUGAUGGCACAGAUCCCGGGCGUUGGGCAGAGGAGUAUCUGGAGCAGUCAGAGGAGAAGCUAUGGCUCGGAGACCUGGGAGAGAGGGAGCAAGAAUGGACAAAAGAGUACCUACCAGGAGACGAACUGAAGCAAACAGCCAAUGAGCUGGUCGCAAAGGUCAAUGACCCCAAGUUACAGAACACUGAGUUCCUGCAGUUCAUUAGGCAGAUUGGCGAGGGCAGUGUCACAGUGGAGGACAGAGCAGGCAAACAGCACACAGAUAGAGCUCAGGCCAAGGAGGCUCAGAACUGGGCCUCCAACCUCAACCAGUUCCUGGAGGAGACUGGGGGAGGGACUUUACCCUUGACAACCCAAGAGUGGGAUCAGAAGCUUGCCAAAGCUAAGGCUAAACAGGCACAUCAAUGGGCUUCUGUCGUCAGGCAGGUCUCAGUGGAGUCAGCGGAAUCAUGGGUAGAUGAGUUCGCCACAGCAGGUCCAGAUUUCCAGCAAGCUAAAGCUGCUGUGGAGAGCGACGUGGACUUCUGGGAGAAGCUGCAGCAGGAGUGGGAGGAGAUGGCCAAGAGAGACGCAGAAAGUCACCCCUGGCUCUCCGAUUUUGACCAGAUGCUCAGUAGCUCCUACGACAAGGGGUACCAGUUUGAGGAGGACAACCCGUACCUGUCCCACCAGGACCCCCUUGCUGAGGGGGUGAAGAGGAUGGAGGCAGGGGACAUCCCUGGGGCCGUGCGUCUGUUUGAGAGUGCCGUACAGAGAGAACCAGACAACCAGCUGGCAUGGCAAUAUCUGGGAACCUCUCAGGCAGAGAAUGAACAAGAGUUUGCAGCCAUCAGUGCCCUCCGCAGAUGCAUAGAGUUGAAGAAGGACAACCUGACUGCUCUGAUGGCUCUGGCUGUCAGUUUCACCAACGAAUCGCUGCACAGGCAGGCCUGUGAGACCCUUCGCGAUUGGCUGAGGCACAACCCCACAUACCGGCCAGUCCUGGAGCAGAGUGAACGGGAGCGAGAGAAGGACAGAGGGACCGGAGAGAGGGAGAGAUUUGGCUCACUGCUGCCCGAAUCUUUGUUUACCGAGGUGCAGUCCCUGUUCCUCAGUGCGGCGAACUCUGAACCCGCCUGCGUCGACCCCCAACUACAGUGUGGCCUGGGAGUCCUCUUCAAUCUGAGCGGGGAGUAUGACAAGGCCGUGGACUGUUUCACCGCAGCCCUCUCCGUCACACCACAGGACUAUCUGCUGUGGAAUAAACUGGGCGCCACGCUGGCCAAUGGAAGCCGCUCGGAGGAGGCUGUUGCCGCCUAUAGGAGGGCUCUUGAACUGCAGCCAGGCUUCAUCCGCAGUCGGUACAACCUGGGAAUCAGCUGUGUCAACCUAGGAGCCCACAGAGAGGCCGUGGAGCACUUCCUGGAAGCCCUGUCCCUGCAGCGCCAGGCGUCGGGGGAGGGCGAGAAGGUCAGUGCCAGCCGGGGCCCGGGGAGCACCGCAGCCACCAUGAUGUCCGACAACAUCUGGUCCACCCUGCGCAUGGCCUUAAGCAUGAUGGGAGAGAGCUCGCUAGAUGUGGCGGCCGACCGGCGAGACCUCGACACGCUGCUCUCCUACUUCUGUCAGGCGGGGGGGGAAUGAAGGAGAGAGUUGAUAGUGUGUGUGUGCGCGCACUUAGGGGAGGAAGGUGUCUGGGAGAGGUAGAGAGACAAAAGGAAGAAAGAGAGAGGUCCUGCCCACAAACAACCCAUUAACCCUAUUGGCACUUCAUAUAAACCUGAAAUGAUUGGAUAAGUAUAAACAACAUGGAAGUAGCUCCUUUCGUAGCAUUUCUGCCAUCUUAUAACUACCAGGGUUGGGAUAAGUUUACUUCCUGAAUUGAAAUGGAACGGACUCCAACCCUGAUACCUAUCCAAUCCUUUCAGGAAGAGAGGGAUGAUGAACUGUGACAAGGGGAGAGUAGGCUGAAAGGGAGGAGAGGUGAGAAGGACAUUUGAUGUGUCUUUCUGUAACCAAGGGAAAUGCUCAGUGUACACCAGGUGUAUUGAAUACAUACUAUUUCCUCCCCUGAUCACUCUGACAUCACCUGGUUGCCAGUUGGUUCCUACUUUUGUCAUUAUCAUGUUUGGCACAAAGCAGAAACAGACUGGCACCCAGACUAUUUCACCGAUGUCUGGUUUGUUCCCCUCUGUCCUCAGCAACUGGCGCAGGGAUGUUCUUGUUGUGCCCCUCAUAAUCAGAGGCAUCGUCAUGCCUGUUGAAACUGAGGAGCCACUUGACUCCCUUAGUUUCAUUCAGCCCUAUGAUCCAUUGGAUACUAGUGAAAAGUUUGCACCUUAGGUUUUCCAGAGGGAAUUAAACAGACAUGGUAGAGCAAAAUAUCAAGUUGAGAUGAGUGUUCCUGUAAUGUAUAGAGAAGAUAGGAUCAUGUUUAUUUGGAGGACCUUUGUUUUUUGUGUUUUAUUCCCCCUUGAAAAUAAGAUGUUCAAACGUUGUAAAGCUGGCUUACUGGUUCCGAAAUCAAUUGUUGAAGGUUAAAAAAAAGAGAUCAUUACAGUAAUAUAGAUAUCUGGCUUUGGAGCAGGGAUGCUGAACGCCAGUCCUUGAGGGCCACAGUGUCUUUAGUCCCCCCCCCCCCCCCCUCAAUCAAUGAAGUACUUGAGAGAAAUUAAAGACUGCUGACAUGAGUUGUUCACACCCAAUGGAAGCGAACGGGGAGGGACCUACCUGAAUUUGUCUGACAAGAAGCGCUUGUUUUCAUUUUCUGUUGCUACAGUGUGCAAUAAUGAAUGACUCAGCUUUGGACAGAGGAUGACAUCAGUGUAAAGGGGAUGGUAUACUGAAAGAGGUGUCUUUGGACUUCUUCUCUCCCUCAACCCUUAUUUCUUCAAACAAAUGCCCUUGUUGUAAAAUAAUUAGCUUAAUUGUAAAAUAAUGCUUUUUUGCCAUAUUGUCUGUACUAUAAUUAUUGUACUGUUUUCAAAAUAGUUAACCAUACUGUAAUGAUGAUUAAUGUGAUAUUCAGCAAUAAAGCUCUUGACUCAUUGA